AUGGAGGUCCCUAUAUUGGAGAUGUUUGAGGAAGUUGCUAAAGGCUUUGAGGAAAUGUGGAACUUCCCAAACUGUAUAGGGGCCAUUGAUGGCAAACAGACAAAGAGGCCACCACAUUCUGGAACCCAAUUUUAUAAUUAUAAGCAUAAAUUCUCAUUGAUUCUUCAAGCUUUUGUUGAUCAUAUGGGCAAAUUUAUGGUUAUAGAUGUUGGAAGUUAUGGGAGUCAAAGUGAUGGUGGUGUUUUUGCCAACUCACUUCUAUCUCAAAGAAUUGAAAGAAAUGAACUCCCGAUUCCACCUCCGAAGCUGUUGCCAAAUUCUAAUAUAUUGGUUCCACAUGUUAUUUUAGGGGAAGGGGGAUAUCCUCUUAAAAGAUAUUUGAUGAAACCUUAUAUUAGAAAUAAUGAUGAUAAUAAUAAAAUAUUUAACUACCGCCUAUCCCGGGCAAGGCGAGUAGUUGAAUGUAGUUUUGGGGUUUUAACCUCUAAAUGGAGGAUUUUAUUGAAUAAGGUAGAAGUUAGUUUACCUGUAUUUGAAAACAUCAUUAAAGCAUGUUGUAUUUUGCACAACAUCAUUUUAAUUAAAGAAAAUAUAAAUGUAACAAAUUAUGAUCCUGUUGGUUCAAAUCAUCCUAUAUGGAACCAACAGAAUAAUUUAAACGACACUUAUUCUCAAUUUUUGGACUUAAACAAGCUGGAAACCGAAUUAAAGGUAGUGUUUCGGGACGAUGAAUUUGGAAAGAAAAAGAAUGUUAAUGAAAUACUUGAAUUUUUAAUAUGCACCAAUUUGAUGAAAAGUUUUAAUGAGUUUCUUAAAUUAUGCAAAUUCAUCUUUACUUUGGCUUCAACAACAGCAAGCGCAGAACGGAGUUUUUCAUCUUUAUAA